CCAACAUGAAGCUUCUAUUCCCAGAGGAGCUUAUUGAUGAGAAUCUAGAAGGAUUCAAGGAGAGAGUGACAAGAACUCUAAAGCUUUUUCCUAAGGCAGUAGUGCCAAGGGACAUUCAUGGAGAGAUUGUCUAUCCAGCUGUGAAUCACCCACCAGAUACUCAUUGCAAGGAGAAAAGACUUGGAGGAUCAAGGAUGCCUCUUGAUAGAAGGAGAAAAAGGUGUGAAAACACAAUCCGCGCCAAAACAUUGGCCGCGGACGCGCAAAAGGUGAUUUUGGCCGAGCAAUUCUCAUUCUGGCCGACCGUUACGGUCGAGCCGGGAAGGAAUAGCCGUGCUCGGCCGGAUAUUUCUACUUGCGCGACAGAAAACGUUCGAGCGCACGCGCGAACCGGGAAAGAAACGAUCGCGUCGGCCGAAUUCGUAUCGGAACGGACCGACCGCGCCGGUCGAUCCGGGAAACAUUCGCUCGGCCGAAUUCUCUCGGCCAAAACGAAUUUGGCCGACCAAAUCGCUCGACCGCGACAAAAUCCAUCGGCCAUCGGCCCAAAACUUUUCUAG